AUGUAUACCGUAUGCUGUAAAAUCUGGCUGUUUGCUAGUUUAUGUACUUUGCCUACUUUGCUCCUUGCUUUGUUCGCAUUUGCCCAACAAUUUUCUCCUUCCUCUUUUCGGCCAUCACAGUAUCUAUCCCACACCUUGAAUCGCCACCUGAUUGGUGGCCUUCGGACUUAUUCAACUUUGGCGACAUGCUGCGCCGCUAAGAGCUUACCACUCUGUUGCCGUCAUGUUCCAUAUUCAUAUAUCUUCACUACGACUUUGAUUUUCCCAUUCCAAUCCCUUUCUCCUCUUCCACAUUAGAAAAGAGCCACCCUUCAUCAUAUGAUGGUGUUUGGAGACGGGCUCGAUAAUCCUCUACGGUAUCGCCGAGCACGGCUACCGGAGGACAAUAAAGCGUCUUACGGUCCUCCAAACACGGGAUUCACUCUACUUAAGUCUUACGAGUCUAGACCAAUACACCAUACAUUGCAUACGCCCACAUUCCAGCCACACCUUCCUCCGUUCCGUAAUCAACAUCCUAAUGAUAGAGGUGGAAGUAUAGGCUACCAAUCCAAGGUUAGGGUCGUUGACAAGUAUAAAGUCAUCGGUUUUAUUAGUAGUGGGACUUAUGGUCGAGUAUACAAGGCGCUAGGCCGACAUGGCCAACCGGGGGAAUUCGCUAUCAAAAAGUUCAAGCCCGAUAAAGAAGGGGAACAGAUACAAUAUUCUGGCAUUUCCCAGUCGGCGGUGCGCGAGAUGGCACUAUGCUCGGAGUUGAAGCACGACAACGUUAUCCGCCUCAUCGAAAUCAUCUUAGAAGACAAAUGCAUCUACAUGGUGUUCGAAUACGCCGAGCACGACCUCUUGCAAAUCAUUCAUCAUCACACCCAACAACCACGCCACAGCAUACCACCAUCUACCGUCAAGAGUAUCAUGUUCCAACUAUUAAACGGGUGCCAGUACCUUCACAGCAACUGGGUUCUACACCGUGACCUCAAACCUGCCAACAUUAUGGUCACGUCGAGCGGCCAGGUCAAGAUCGGCGAUCUGGGGCUGGCCCGGCUUUUCUACAAGCCCUUGCACUCACUGUGGAGCGGCGAUAAGGUAGUGGUCACGAUAUGGUAUCGUGCUCCGGAGUUACUCUUAGGGAGCCGGCAUUAUACGCCAGCAAUCGACAUGUGGGCCAUAGGGUGCAUCUUCGCCGAAUUAUUGUCCCUUCGGCCUAUCUUCAAGGGGGAGGAGGCCAAGAUGGAUAAGAAGACGGUUCCUUUCCAGCGUAACCAGAUGCAAAAGAUCGUCGAUAUCAUGGGCCUACCUACUAAGGAGCGCUGGCCCCACCUACCCAGCAUGCCCGAGUACAACAACCUAAGCGUAUUGCAGCCUCCGAUGCUGCAUCCAGGCCACCAUCACGGCCACCACCAUCACCACCAUUCCAAGUCCGCCGCCUCGACCAGCCACCUCGAGAAAUGGUACUACAGCACCAUCGGCGCGCACUCGUCGACGUCGUCGCCGAACUCCAACGCGACCCUCGCGGCCCUCGGCGCCGAGGGCUACAAGCUGCUCGCGGGCCUCCUCGAGUACGAUCCCGAGCGCCGGCUCACGGCCGCCCAGGCCCUGCAGCACCCUUUCUUCCAGCCCGCCGGGACGGGCGGCAUAGGCGUGAGCGCGAGCUGCUUCGAGGGCUUGAAGGUGGCGUAUCCCCAGCGCCGCGUCAGCCAGGACGACAACGAUAUACGCACCGCGAGCCUGCCCGGGACGAAGAGGUCCGGGCUGCCGGAUGAUAGCGUGGUUAGGCCCGUGAAGAGGGUUAAGGAGGGCUAGAAGGAGUCUUGGUCUGAUGCCUGGGAAGGCGACGGGGAUGGGGGUGAUAUGGGGGAGUGGAUGAGAUGAAGCGCUUACCUAGGUUAUGAACGCAUAGUGUUGAUGUUCGCUUAGUUUAACACGGAGUGUAGAUUCGGCUUAGCUUAUGAUGGCGUAUUUGGCAUUAUUACUUUGAGGAGUUGGGCAUGUCAUUAAUUAGGAACUGAUAUGGAGUAAGGCGAUAAGGCAUAGCAUAGCAUGGCAUGGUAUAGCAUUACGUCGCAUUGAAUUGACAUUAAUGCCGUCUUCUCUACAGGCUUAGGCACUGAAGCGAUCACUGGCAUUGCAAAAUUCAAAAUCCAUGGACACUCUAAUGCU